AUGGAGAGACUGGUUUCUAAACAUGUGGUGCUUGAGUCGCAAGUUUGUGUGUUGUGCACGGGAGCCAUGGAGACGACGCUGCAUCUCUGUCGUGAGUGCACUUUCUCAAGGGAGGUGAUCAAUUCUAACUUAGUUCUAGCUCAAAUAUGUUUUACAACUGAGACAGAUGGCAUGACGGUUUUGGAAUGGCUGUUGUACUGCUCUGAAAGGUUAGAUUUGAACCACUUUGGUAGUUUGAUUUUCUUGCUAUGGGGAGUGUGGAAAGAAAGAAAUUGCAGAGUGUGGGAGAAUAAGGUUACGAGGGCUAGUGAUGUGACUUUAAUGAGCUGUUCUAGACUUCAAGAUUUCAUUAAUUAUAAUUCUAGUAGUCAAGGUGGGAGCACCCGGCGUGCAAACAUGGUAAUCUGGAAGUGUCCUCCAGUGGGGUGUCUUAAGUUAAAUAUUGAUGGUGCCUUUGUCAAGGAGACUGGAGCCGGAGGAGUGAGUCUGGAAGCUUUUCAACUUAUUGUGGAAUACUCUUUGCAGCCUGUUAUAGUGGAAACUGAUGCUCUCACUGUUAAGCAAUAG